UUGGAAAUCCUGACAGCAACAUCGGCCACUGGCCAGAGCUUGCAACAAGCUGUUGUAGGCGACAUAGUUCGCAGACGCUCGGUUCAUUGACGUACCUCGUUCUUAUCCAGGGAGCUCAACUGGACUGGACUGUUUCAGGAUGCGGCAAAGCAGUGGUAUAUCACAGGCUAUAGGUGACAAUGCGGAAUAUUACAAGAGGAGGAGGUGUACGAGAGGGGGUGCGGUGUACGGAAGCGGGUGGGCGUUUGUGGCUAUGGCGGACGCAGGCGGCGGCGGGGUGCUGCGGGACGGCAACGGUGCAUUCUGCGGUGGGUCGCAUGCGGCAACCGCGGGGGUGGCGGUAACAGCAACAGGAGCAGCGGCAACGCCGGUGGAGGCGUGGAAGGAGUGGGACGACCGAGCAACGUUGGUGUUGCUGGAUCUCUACACGGAGAGGUACUUGGCACUCCAGAGGGGGACGCUGCGGGCCAAGGAGUGGCAGGAGGUGGUGGACGGCCUCAACGCUCAGUGCGCAGCUGGGAAGCCCGUCUACAACUACAACCGCUGCAAGAACAAGAUAGACUCGCUCAAGAAAACUUUCAAGACGGUCCGUGAGAAGCGCCGGCUCGGCACCCCUGUCAAGUGGAAGUGGUACAACCGCAUCGAGAGGAUCACGGUGAAGACAGCCGCUGGCGGUGGCGGCGCUGAUACGAAAGUGGUGGCGGCGGCGGCUACUCUCGCGGAGAAAGUCCCAGCGCCGCCGGAUCAGUUCGUGGAUCACCACCCCGAGUUUGACGACGGGAUUGGAGGCUCGGAGGAUGCUCUGGUCGGUCUCAACGGGAUCCAGGAGGAGCUGAUGAUGCGGUCGUCGUUCUGCUCGCCACCGACGCUGCCGCCGCCGCCGCCGCCACCACCACGUUUUGGAAUUCCGGGGCAGGAUCAGCAACAACACCAGUGGUCUCAUCAAGAUCAUCACCAUGGCAAAGAAGCAAGCAAGAAGAAACGUAAGCGUGUGGUGGCUCCAGGCUCGUCUUCCUCGCCAGUGGAGCCGCAGCAUCAUCAGCAGCAGCAGCACCAGAUGAGAGAAGUGGCGCAGAUGAUGAUCGACGCGCUGGAGAGGAUGGAGCAGCGGCGGCAGAUGCUGGAAGAGAAGCGACUCGAGGUUCUCAAGGAGCUGCAGCAGAAGCGCAACGAGACGCAGUGGGAGAUCGCGAGGCUCAUCGUGGAUGCGCGAUUCUUCCAGCAGCACUCGACAAAUCCUGGCGAUGAUAACAACUAGACCAGAAGUUGGUGUGCAAAAUAACAUCGAGAACGAUGAAACAAAAGAUCAUCUUUACGCAAAGAUCAAACAAAUGUACUAUCUAGAGGAGACAAUUUUCUCUCCCUGGUUUAUAAUCUUCCUGCUCUUUCA